AUUUGAUUCGUUUAGAAAAAAAAUCAUGUUUAGUGUAAACUAUCCUUUGCAGAAUUUGCAGCAGUAAUUUGAUUGGUUGGAAAGAUCGGUAAACAACACAAGACAAAGAACUCCGUUUUAAAAACAAAGUAUUUCCUUAAAAUUUUAACGUCUAAGCAUGGUUUACAACUUGAUUGAUGAUGUACUUAAAAGAUUUAAAACCGAUAAUCUUGCCGAUUUAAAUACUUUUUAUGAAACUUUAUUGGAUACAUUUAUUUACAACAAUAACAAAAUGGUUAGUAACGAAGGUCUUUUAAGUUGUUUUAUUGAUGGCACAAUAAGAAGAAAUAUAUGUGCCGAAGUUUGUAUCCCUUCUUACUUAAAAGACAAUAAAAUGCAUUGUAUUGCUCUAAGGUCUGAAGCAUCUGGAAGUUGUAUGUACAGCUCUGCAUCAUUAUUUUUUGUUGCUGACAAUACACUGAUGGAUGUGUUAAGAGUUUUAACAUCCCUUGAAAUUUAUAUACAUGCUGAUUAUUACUGUAAGCAUCCUUUAUUUUCAAAAAUAUUUUCUGAUUAUAGUUCUCAUUUUAUUAAUCUCAAAAGUUUGUUGUGUAUGUCAGUAUCUCAUUCCGCAUUAGAUUCUGGCUUCGAAAAUAAUAAUAUUAUUAAAGCUGAAGCAAUUGCAAACUGUGAGAGCACAGAAAAAUUGGCUGGUUUUUUAUGUUUGUUAGGUUUAUCAUCGGUUCUUUCUUGUAAUAUUGUUUCCUGUUACCCAGAUUUUAGUGUUGAAAAGUAUAAAAUAUUUUUUAACCAAGAGAUCUCACCACGUACUCCCAUUAAAUUUUGUUCCAUAUUUUACAUUUUGUUUUGUUAUGAUGGGAAUUUUCAGUCAUGUACAUUUCAGCAUAAUCACUAUAUCCCACUAAUUUUUAUUCCUAAAAAGCGUAAACUUUCCAGUAUAUCAAAAAUAAUAAUUUCGAAAAAAUUGCUACCAGUCUUGUCACCUAAUAAAUUUCUAGAUACAAAACAGACCAUUGAUCAAGUUGCUACAAUUGUACCCAGUACAGAAGCUAAAAAUCCAAAUAAAAAGUCUUACUCUAUCCUUACAUUCUUUCAUAAAACAAACCCAGACUUAGAACCUACUAGUGCAAUCUUACAAAAUACAUCUUGUAUUCUAAAAUCAAAUAGUUUUUCUUCUCAAUUAGCAGUGUCUUCUUCUCAAUACACAACAUCUUUUCAAUCAUUAACAUUAAAUAAAGAUGUUUCUUCUCACUCAAAAACAUCUAAGAACAGUGUUCUAUCAAAAUCUUUUUUUACAAAAUCAAAAUCAAGCAUCAGGAAAGUACCUAAUUUUUAUAAUAAUAAUAUUGAAUGCCCUUCAAACAUUUAUUUACCACCUAAAGAAGUACUAAAUGCUCUCCAAUCACGUAAGUUAACACAUUUGUAUUUGGAGCCUUUCAAAAAAUGGUCUGAUGCUAUUAAAUCAUUUUCAAAUCAUGAGUCAACUAAAAAUGGUUUACAUGCAUUUACUAUGCCUGUUUUUAAUAUUUUUUUGAGUCAUUCCUUAGGCAUAAGUCAACUAAUAAAUGUCAUCAUUGAUACUAAUGUAAAAGAAAAAAUAAUAAAAAAUCGCCAAAUACUUCGUCCUAUUGUUGAUGCUAUAAUUUUUUGCGGUCAAACAAAUACACCUUUGAGAGGCCACAGAGAUGAUUCACAAUAUCUUCCAGAGGCUGAAGAGUAUUCGAAAUGUGGAACUGAUGAAGCCUGUGACUCAUCUACUAAAGAGCAAAUGUCAUUAGUUUUACGAUUUGUUGAUAGUGAUUUCAAUAUCAGAGAAGACUUUAUUCAAUUUAUUCAUUGCAGUGAAGGAGGACCUGUUCUUUUCAAAAAAAAUCGUUCAAAUGUUCCAUCAAAGUCUGUUUCAGAUUACUUCAAAAGAGCUGUUACUAUCCCUCUUAUAGAUCAUGUAUCUACAUCUAUAUCUACAAGAUUUAAAUCAGCAACUGUAGCUGCAUAUAAAGGGUUAUCACUUAUUUCAUUUAAUAUUAUUUCUUUACUUAAAAGAUCCAAAUCCCAAUUGUGUUGGAGGAAGCAGUUUGAAACAUUCUGUGAUUUUUAUAUAGAUGAUUUCCCUAAUAUCAGUGCCUUGAAUGGGGAACUAGUUCUUUGGGAAAAAUACUGGGAAACUUUCUCUGGGACUAUUCCUUACAAUAUAUCUUUAACUCUUAAAUCGAUAUCAUUUCCUGGAUUUGAAAAUAUUAAGAUAGCUUUAAGGAUACUUGGGACACUUCCUGUUAUUUCAUGUGAGUGUGAGAGGAGUUUUUCUGUUAUGCGUCGGUUAAAAGACUAUAUGAGAACAACAAUGUCAGAAGAUCGACUUAACGGUUUGGCAUUAAUGUAUAUCCAUCAAGAAAUUGUUCAUUGUAUUGAUAAUGUUAUCAAUAGAUUUUCUAUAAAAAAUAGACGACUUGAUUUCAAUGAUUAG